AUGGACCCAUUGAGGUUUAUAUUACGCCAGCCCAUGCCCAUCGGGAAAUUGGCCAAGUGUCAGAUGUUGCUAAGUGAAUUUGACAUUGUUUACAUAGCACAUAAAGUUGUUAAAGAACAAGACUUAGCUGACCUACUAGCUGAAAGUCCCGUGGAUGAGGAUCUCGAACCCCUUCGAACUCCUGUCCCUGAUGAAGGAGUACUGGCCAUAGGGGAAGAAAUAGUAGAGCCCUACACGAUAUGGAGGUUAUUCUUUGAUGGAGCCGUCAACUACAAAGAAUAUGAGACUUGCAUCCUAGGCCUUAGGAUGGCAUUGAACAUGGAUAUCAACAAACUAUUGGUCAUAGGAGACUCUGAUCUGCUGAUCCAUCAAGUACAGGGCGAGUGGGACACCAAGAAUGAUAAGAUCUUGCCAUAUGUAAACCUGGCACAGAGGUUAUGCAAAAAGUUCAAGAAGAUCGAAUUCAGGCAUAUGCCAAGAGCUCAAAACGAAUUUGUCGAUGCUUUGGCCACAAUAGCACCAAUGAUUCAGCAUCCCGAAAGCAGUUAUAUUGAUGUGCUGGAAAUAAGUCUGAAAGAAGAGCACGCCCACUGUUCCCACAUGGAAGUAGAACCAGACGACAAGCCAUGGUACAAUGACAUCAAGAUGUAUUUGGAGAAGCGGGAGUAUCCCGAAGGUAUCACAAGUAAACAAAAGAAAACCAUCCGAAGAAUGGCCAACAGUUUCUUUCUAAACAAGGAAAUACUUUACAAACGAACGCCGGAUCUGGGUUUGCUCCGAUGUGUGGACACUACUGAAGCCACGAAACUCCUAGAAGAAGUGUACGCAGGGACCUAUGGGCCCCAUAUGAAUGGUUUCAUGCUGGCCAAGAAGAUCCUCCGAGAAGGAUACUAUUGGAUGACAAUGGAAAGUGAUUGCUGCAAGUUUGUACAAAAAUGCCAUCAAUUUCAGAUCCAGGGAGAUCUAAUUAAAGUCCCACCGAGUGAACUCAACGCCAUGAGCUCACCUUGGCCAUUCGUCGCUUGGGGUAUGCAUGUCAUCGGACCUAUUGAGCCUGCCUCCUCAAAUGGGCACCGAUUCAUUUUGGUUUCCAUUGACUACUUCACCAAAUAG